CGGUUUGGGAGCUGGGCCGCAGCGCGCGGAGGCCGCCAUGGUGCGGUUUAAGCACAGGUACCUACUGUGCGAGGUGGUGUCUGAUGACCCCCGUUGCCGCCUGAGUCUGGAGGACCGAGUGCUGGGCGGCCUCAUACGGGACACGAUCGCCCGCGUGCACGGGACUUUCGGCGCAGCCUCCUGCUCCAUCGGCUUCGCGGUGCGAUACCUCAAUGCCUAUACUGGAGUAGUGCUACUUCGAUGCCGGAAGGAAUUCUACCACCUCGUGUGCUCAGCUCUUCCUUUCAUCACAUACUUGGAGAACAAAGGACACCGUUACCCGUGUUUCCUCAACACCUUACACGUGGGAGGUACAAUUAGAACAUGCCAGAAGUUCCUGAUUCAUUACAACAGGAGACAGCUGUUGAUCUUAUUGCAGAACUGCACCGACGAAGAACGGCAAGCUAUCCAGAAGUCUGUCGUCAGAAGCUGUUUACUAGAGGAGAGGUCAGAUGAGGAGUUUUCGGAGAGUGGUGAUGAGGAGGCUGCUGAAGCAAUGGAGUGAACCUCUGCAGGCUGUGCUGGGCCCGAGAUUCAGGGCCCAGUUGUUGGAACAGGACAUUCUGGGAGGCAGCAGCAUCUGCUACAAUUUUGCCAAAGUGGAUGACUGCUCACCCGAGGCCAAGGUAUCAGCUCAAAGUAGAGGACUUGUUCACUUAAACUGAAGUCACCUUUACCUAGCGCUGCCAGGUUAAGUGGUCCUGCAGGUGGUGAACCCCCAGCAGUUACAGACUAUCUAAUUGCCUGGCUGAGUAGGUUUAAUAAAUGUACUUGGCAGGGCACCUGGGUGGCUCAGUCAGUUAAGCAUCCGACUCUUGGUUUU